GAGAGCCACCUGUUGACAACUCUCCACCACCACCAUGGCUCACGAAAACUGCAACCACGGCCCAGGCGAGCACCACCACGGCCACGACCAUGGCCACGGUCACGGCCACGACCACUCGCAUGGCCCCCCCGGCGGACCAGGCGGACCGCCCAUGGAGAUCCAGGUCGACCCGGCGAUGCAGCUCCUCCUCGACUCAUUACCGCACACGCCCAAGCCGUUUGCGCUCGCCGAGAUGCCCAUCCCCAACACCCAGCCGCCCAUCACCCAGGUCAUGGUCGUCUGUCUCGAGCACAAGUCCCCGGCGUGCGAGCUGUGCAACGUCAACUUUACCGGCCUAAACUACAUGCACCAGUUCCUCCGCGCCGCGCCCCCCGAGGCUAUCCCUCCGCCGCCCAAUGUCCAACCCCCGCCCCAGCGUGCCGAGCAGAUCAAGGCGGCCAAGGAGGCCGGUAACACUGCAUUCAAGGCCGGCAACAUUCCCGUCGCAGUGCAAAACUACUCGCGGUCAGCCGACAUGGCGCUUUCGCGGCCACCUUGGGAGCUCGCCGCCGUGUCGCGCGACGAGACGGCUAUUGCGCUGUGCAACCGCUCGGCAGCGUUCGCGCUUGCUGGGGCCUGGGCCAACGCCCUAGCCGACGCCGAGGCUGUCAUUGCGCUCAAGCGUCCUUGGACCAAGGGUCACUUCAGGCGAGCACGCGCGCUCGUGGGCCUGAACCGUAUCGAGGAGGCGCGGGACGCGAUUGUCGACGGGCUGCAGUUUGAGCCUGAUGACAAGGAGCUCAACAACUUCCUGCAGGAGGUCGACGGCAAGCUUGCCGAGCAGGACAAGGCAUAGGGAGGGGGGAGUUGGUUGGGUUGUUGGAGCAGCAGGAGCACGACACGUCGAUGCGCUAUACCCCCCUCUGAUUGUAAUACCUACAUUGCAAAAGACAUGUAUUGUGACACAGAG